UGUAACGAGGAAAAGUCCAACCAUUGUAUUCAUCAAAAUAAUACAAAUAACAUAAUACAAUUAAUACAUAUAUUAUGAAACGAUAGGUAAGACACCCAAAGAAGCUGGCCUGUAACUGCUUGCUUUGAUUGUAACUGUUUCAUUUGAGUAGAAUUUUCCGGAGUUUUGAUGAGCUAAGUACCAUUUGUACGAUGGAAGUUAUAAUGUCAGAUGCCUGUAUUAUGUCAAAACUCAAAAGCAUUACAUCCAGAUAACAAGCUUGAAGUGUGUUGAUUUACUUACAUAAUGUGUUCGAUAAAAGUCCUGUGUGAUUUCUCAAAAGCAUUUUAUCUGAAUAAGCAAUGAAGUCACUGUUCUCGUUAGAUUCUUAUUCUUCUAUUUCUGUUACCACCGGUGCUUCUUGUGCUUGUUGUUUUAUGCUAUGUACUGCUUUCCAUAUUGCAUUAUUUCGUCGUUUUUACUACUUUCAUCUGUAUUCCCUUAUUCAAACUGCUUUGAAAUGCUUUACUUGUCUAUCCGAAACAACCACUCUAUCUCUACGAGGCAGGGGUAAGGUCUGUGUACAUUCUGCACUCCCCAGACCUCACUUGUGGGAUUACAUUGGGUAUGUUGUUUGUUGUUUAAGCAAUAGUGUAGUGUGGUGAUUUACUUAUCCGUUUGUUUUGAAAACAAGGUUAAAAAGCUUUUGGCUCGAAUUUUUUUAAUUUAGGAGAUAUGGGUGAAUCACAGUUCUUCCAUCUAUUUGUUCUUAUCUAUAACCUGUCCGACAGAAGUCUUGUGUGAUUUCUCCUGUGAAUUGGUCUGGCUCUCUUGAUUUUGCAGUCAAGUAGAGAAGUCUUGUUGUUUAUUCGUAACCGGAUUUUUUAGUUUGCAGUGAUUGAAAAGGUAUUGGCUAAUGGCUAUUAGGAACUUGUUUCGCGUCAUCUGUUUUGAUAUUAGACCGCAGGAUGCUUUAAGACAUCUGUGUUAUUCUGCCAAAAAAAAUGGCUAUUUAAUUAAAAAAUAGUCUAAUCAUUUGGAUUUAAGCCGUCCUUGCAGUUCCUUAUUUCUUGUCUUGAGCAUCUGCUGCCGAUUGAUUUCAUUAUGGUAAGUUCUUUCUAAUCACUAUCGGUGUAAUUUAAUCUGUGAUAGACUGAUAGUAAAUUAUUUACCUCUUUUUACAAGGUUACCAAUUAAUCUUUAUCGUAGAGAUUUACCUUAUAAGUGAAGUGACUGUGUAAACAUUUUUCCUCUGUCAAUACAUGUAACUUAAACCCUGUUUGUUUCCAUAUUUCUAGUUUAAUUCUUCUUUUUACUAGUUUUGAGUCCUGAUUGAUUAUUUUUCAUCAUUUCUUUAACCUCUUAAUUUGUUCUUAUAAUAGUUUACUUCUGUUGGCAACCUGGACUUCAUCUGUUUGGAAUAGAGUAGCCUGUAAUUUGUUCUUCCGCCAGGCUUGCUAUAAGGAAUGUCAUAUUCAGAUGGAGGUUUAGCUUUUUAUAAGUUUGUCUCUUUAUAUUGACUUUUUCUUCUUUGUCAUUUCUGUUGGUUCAUUCAAGGUUACAACAAGAAAGAAUCCCAAAAAGACAAAUUUAGAGUCUAAUAAGACAUUGUGAAGUGACUAUGCUGAUAAUUUUUUUAAAUUUCUGCAUAUUUCUGACACAUUCUUCUUGAGCGAUUUGUCAGCGCCGAUACUUUAAGUAAGAAGUAAAUGUGAGUCCAGAUAUUAUUUGAACAAGAAUUGUGAAUCAUGUCUUCUAGUCAUGCCAGAAACAGGAAGAAAGCCAACCAAUGCAGUGAUGAUGCUGAAGGAAAACAAGAAUCUCUUAGACAAGAGCCAAAUAAGUCAAGUUUUCAAUUGCCAUAUGGUGCUUCUGGAUCUCUGGUGCUCUCGGCUCCCACCAUCAUGAAAAUAGCAAAACAAAGAUUACUCAGUCAUAUUUCGCAGAAAUUUGAUGCUUAUUCCAUCAUUUUUAAUCCCCUUCCUGCUAAUUCUGGUCUGUCUCCUGAACUAGUGCAGGAUUUGGACCUAGCUGAACUACUUCAAGCUUCUGCUCAACUGGUUGCUACUCGAUCAUUUGAUCGUGCUAGAAAGCUGCUAAGCUUGUGUAACCAGUCUGCUUCUGCUACUGGUACUCCGGUCCAGAAAAUUGUGUAUUAUUUCGCUGAUGCUCUUCAACACAGGAUUGAUAGGGAGAUGGGGAAAAUACCCUUUACUGGAGAAGAAGAUGUUGAAGUAUAUUCUAAUGAUGUGGAAGAGUUUAUCAUGGAUUUAGAAGCUGCUGAAUUUGCAAAGGGGCCAUUGUAUGCGUACCGCCAAGCGACUCAAUUCACUGGAAUAGAAGCCAUCUUAGAUAGUACAAUAACAGCAAAAAAGGUUCAUUUGAUUGAUCUUAGUAUAAAAAGCGGGUCACAAUGGACAACGUUUAUGCAAGUUGUUGCUGAUCGAGAUGAAUGCCCACUCGAGCAUCUCAAAAUAAGUGCUGUUGGAAGGUCUAAAAAGAUGAUGGAAGAUGUAGGGAGGAGAUUGUCAGCUUUUGCUGCUGAGACAUUAAUAAACGUAUCUUUUCGCUUCAAAUCAGUUGUUUCAGACCUGAAGAAUCUUAAGACGGAUUCCUUUGAGGUAGAGGCUGAUGAAGUCAUCGCAUUUUACUCAGAUUCAAUCCUUUGGACUAUGUUGGCUUGGCGUAAUGAACUUGAAUCUUUGAUGAAGGUUAUAAAAAACCUUAACCCUUGCAUAAUGGUGGUCAUUGAGGCAGUAGCAAACACAAAUGUACCAGAUUUUAUAGAUUCGUUCGACAAGUCUUUAGCUUAUUUUAGUGCUAUUGCUGAUACUUUUGAGGUUCACCACAAGGGCAUACCAAUAUGUGCAGAAUUUUACAUACAAAAAACCAUCAGAAAUAUGGUCACAUAUCAUGGAAUAGAGACUGUUCCCCGCUUUGGGAAUCUUGAAGUGUGGAGGGAAUUGUUUGCCAGGUUCCAUAUGGUGGAAACAGAACUGAGCCACUCAUCCUUGUGCCAAGCAAGUUUACUGUUUGAGCGAUCCAAGUUCCGCGGAUUAUGCACCUUCGAGCUGGAUGGGAAAUGGCUAGUUAUCAGUUGGAAAGGAACCCCAUUUACCUCUGCUUCCGCUUGGAAGUUCCAAUGAUACCGAAGAGAAAAGGGGGUCACAAACCUGAAUUUUGUUAUCUUCCUUUAGCUUAAGUUUCUUGUUUUAACAUUCUGAUAGAGUGAAGCAUAGUAAAUGUUGAAUCUCCUUGAUUUUUUGUGUAUUUACUUACCUAUAGUUUGAAUCCCUUUAGUGAAAAUUAUGGUUCGGCAA